GUGACAAGUUUCUUGGCUCCGGUAUGGCAUCGUCUAAUAACGAUGGUCCCAUUGAGCCUGAGGCUGAACCGUGGCGAAUAACACAAAACGAUCAUCUCGAGCAAGAUCUUUUGGAAGAAGAUGCAGAGAGUCAGGAGAGAGUUGAUAUUCCAGUUGAUGAUGUGGAAAAAGCGUUCUCCUUCAAAAAAUUAUGGGCGUUCACAGGGCCCGGAUUUCUCAUGAGUAUUGCCUAUUUGGACCCAGGAAACAUUGAAAGCGACCUUCAGUCUGGCGCACAAGCGGCUUACAAACUUUUGUGGGUUUUGCUCUCAGCUCAUAUUAUCGGAAUGUUGCUCCAACGAAUGUCUGCAAGACUUGGAGUUGUCAGUGGAAAACAUAUGGCAGAGGUUGCCUACCAAUUUUACCCAAGACUUCCUCGCAUCAUUCUCUGGCUUAUGAUCGAGAUUGCAAUUGUGUGUAGUGAUAUGCAAGAAGUUAUUGGAACAGCAAUUGCCAUUUUCUUGCUCUCUAAAGGAUUCGUUCCACUCUACGUUGGAGUUUUCAUCACAAUUCUUGACACCUUCACAUUUUUGCUGAUCGACCGGUACGGAAUCCGAAAACUGGAAUUAAUCUUUGGAUUUCUUAUUUUAACAAUGACAGUGUCAUUUGGCUAUGAGUUUGUCGUUGUGAAACCUCCAAUUGGUGAAGUUAUAUCUGGAAUGGUGGUACCUUGGUGCGCUGGAUGUGGAAAAGGAGAGUUUAUGCAAGCGAUAUCAGUUGUCGGAGCUGUCAUCAUGCCGCACAAUUUGUACCUUCAUUCGGCUCUAGUGAAGUCUCGCCGUGUAGAUCGUAAAGACCGUCGUCGUGUGGCUGAGGCCAACAAAUAUUUCACACUUGAGUCGGCAAUUGCUCUUUUCCUCAGCUUCUUCAUCAACCUUUUUGUGGUCGCCGUUUUCGCACAUGGACUUUACCAGAAAACAAAUGCGGAUGUUAGAGAAAUGUGCAUAGCCAGACACGACAUCCCGGAUGCAGAUAUAUUCCCAAAUAACACUGAACCAGUUGAGGUGGAUAUCUAUAAGGGUGGAAUUUAUCUCGGAUGCCAGUUUGGAGCUAUUGCAAUGUUUAUCUGGGGAAUUGGAAUAUUCGCAGCUGGACAGUCAUCAACAAUGACAGGAACAUAUACAGGACAGUUUGUGAUGGAAGGAUUUGUGAAAAUUGAGUGGCCCAAAUGGAAGAGAGUUCUAAUUACAAGAGCGAUUGCAAUCACUCCAACCCUCGUGCUCACGUUUUAUUCGCAAGGAGUUCAAAACUUAACAGGAAUGAAUGAUUUCUUAAAUUGUGUUCAAAUGAUUCAACUUCCGUUUGCACUAAUUCCAAUCAUCACAUUUACCUCGAGCCGAAAAAUAAUGCACGACUUCAGAAGCUCUAAAGUUUUUCAAAUUUUUGCUCUGAUCACUUCUGCGUUAAUUUUAUCGAUUAACGUUUAUUUUAUUUCUGACUACGUGUUUUCUCGACUUGGUAGUGAGUGGUAUAUCAUAAUGGUUCUUGCUCCGAUCACCUUUGCAUACGUGCUCUUUGUGUUAUAUCUAGCACUAUACUGUUUGGUCUCUUGUGAAAUUAUCCCAGACACCGUUUCCAUCCGAGGAUUCAGCUUUAACAAGUCAUACGAAAACGAUGCUCCGUGGUUGGCGGUUGAUUCAUCAGCAGUCCAUGACAAUGCAGGAUAUCAAUAAUUUAUAUUAAAUGAGCAUAAUUCUCAUUUUGGGUUUUUCAUCGUGUUUUUUUCUUCACUUGUGUGUAUGUUUAUAUGUUUCCACGACUCUACUUUUCUAUUAAAUUGAAUAGAUAUAAAGUAUGUUUGAGA